AAGAAGUAAAACAACAACAAACAACAAGAACAAGAAGAACAAGAACAGUUUCGAUUGCGCCAUCGGACUUCAAGGUGUAACAAACUGAAACGGGAAAGAAAUACGUUUGUUGAGUCGUGAAAACAGGGUGUUAAACACCUACUGUACUGGAGUAAACACUGAACAUGAGCCACUCUGAAAUGUGGACACACUUCAGUUAAAGCAGCAGAUAUGUUUAUAUGAGGAACAGAAAAGGAUUUUAGCUUGAACCUACAGAAAGAGAUAAAGAUGGCGAAUGCAAGCAACAAUGAGUUUAAACUCAUUGGCCCCAGUGAUAAAGAGUUUUAUAAUCCCUCUGCUGUCACUCUCUCAUGUCGUCUGUCUCCUGAAAUCAGUGCUGUUAACAUGGAGAUCCGGUGGUUUAAGGUGACAGACUGUGUUUGUGUCUAUAAGAACAGACAUGUGACAGAGGGGAGAGGUUACGAGGGCAGAGUGAGUCUGUUCACUCAGGAGCUGGAGAGAGGAAACAUCUCCUUACAGCUGAGAGACUGUACAGGGUCUGAAUUAAGACAUUACAUGUGUCAGGUCACUGAUGGAGACAGAACAGAGGAGCUUACAGUAAUGAUGGGAGCUAGCACAUGGGAGGAUUCUGGAGUUGAUCAACAGAAGAGAGAAGAAGCAGAGUUCUUCAUUCGUCAGAGUGACAAAAAAUGGACAGAAGAUGAGCGAAUGAAAAUGGAGAAAUCUGCUCUACUGGCUGUUACUGGAAAGACUGAGGGCUCGGCAGCACAAAUCAGGAGAAGAAAGAGUUUGGAUGUAGAGCAACAAAACAUGAGUGGAGAGUAGCCUACUCCAGGUUUUCCAGUGGGGAUGCUGUGGUCUGGGAAAUGUACAGCAGGAAACACUAUCCUGGGCAGAGAGGAAAGGCUGCUACAUCUACAGCUACAAGAACAAAAUCUCAGAGCAAUGGAGACAAGAUCCUGAAGAAAAAGGGAAGAGAAAGGGAUGAAAGAGGAAACAAGUAGAAGGAAACAAGUAGAACCCAGUGCCAAAGGUGUUGACAGUAAUGCCUCUGCUGCCCACAAGUAUAGUCUUAUUAUUCAUUUGUAUGCCCUAAAUACUCUUCAAAAAUGCCUAUAUAAAUAUGUUUGAAUCGAACAGAAGUCUAAAAACCAAUCAGUUCAUCUUUGUUUAGUGUCUGUCACAUAGACAUCCUUAUCAUUGUUUUCUUAUGAUUUAGGCUGGGGCCUUACAAACACAUUCCAGUUCAUAUGCAUAUCGUGGACAUCUUAUCAGUUCAAAGGUCCUUUUCUCGGUAUUUCCCAAAUUCUUUUCCAGGAAUUGAUGGUUUACAUUAUACCUUGGGGUGAGUUUGCCUAGUUUGGGUCCUAUCCUGUAUCAAGUCUUUCCCUUAUAAACCAAUAAACUGGUUAUUUAUUGCAAAUAAUAACUUAAAAAAUUUGAGGGGUAUGAAUAGGAUGGCAAAAUACAAUAGAUGGUCUAAUUCUAUCCUGUGCUGGUAGACUGCUAUGCUGGUAUCACCGGUCCUUUCCCACUGAUUUCCAUUUUUUCCACAUUUUACCUUUUACCUAUAUUCUUAUGUUUUUCCUUGUGUUCUUCUGUUUUUAUAUAAUAAACAUUUGCAAUUAUGUCAAUAUUAAAGUACUCAGUGGUUCUAGUAUCUUAUAUUAAUUCCCAGGGAAUGAUGUACAAGUUGUAUGAUUGUUUGAGUAGAUUAAAGUUAUAGUAUGUUAAACAAGUUUGAAAUAGACCUCUGACAAGUUAAUAUAGAAGGCCUUUGCUUGCAAGUCAAUCAAACAUCUGAGCUAACAAAAUAAUGCAUGAAAGCCUCUGAAGCAACGUCACAUGUCAAAUAAUUAAAAACUGAGAUAUUACACUUCCAACGCUUAUUAUUUGUUUACUGUUUGGAAUCAGUAACAUUAGCCUAGUAAGUUGGAGUCAGAUACAUAACAAAUAUUGUAAAUCGGAGAUAAUUCAUUACAAAUUGGAGUCAGUUAUUAUCAAUUCUUUUCAGAAGAAAUUUAUUAAAGCACACUCAAAAUGUCA